AUGGAUCCACUUGUAGUUCUGGUGCUCUGUCUCUCCUAUUUGCUUCUCCUUUCACUCUGGAAACAGAGGUCCAGGAAAGUGAGGCUCCCACCUGGCCCCGCUCCUCUCCCUGUUAUUGGAAAAAUCCUACAGUUAGAUGUUAAAGACAAUAGCAAAUCAUUAAGCAAUGGAAGUCUCUCAAAAGUCUAUGGCCCUGUGUUCACUCUAUAUUUGGGCUUGAAGCCCACCGUGGUGCUGCAUGGAUAUUAAGUAGAGAAGGAAGCCCUGACUGAUCUGCAAGAGGAGUUUUCUGGAAAAGGCUGUUUCCAAGUGAUUGAAAGAGCUAAUAAAGGACAUGGAAUAGUGUUCAGCAAUGGGAAGAGAUGGAAGGAGAUACAGCGCUUUUCCCUCACGACCUUGAGGAAUUUCGGGAUGGGGAAGAGGAACAUUGAGGAUCCACUUCAAGAGGAAGCCCGUUGCCUUGUGGAGGAGUUGAGAAAAACCAAUGGCUCACCUUGCAAUCACACCUUUAUCCUCGUCUGUACUGCCUGCAAUAUGAUCUGCUCCAUAGUUUUCCAGAACCAGUUUGAUUACACAGAUCAGAAUUUUCUUAACUUGUUGGAAUUAGUGAAUGAAAACGUCAAGAUUCUGUGCUCCCCAGGAUUGUAGCUCUGCAACGCUUUCCCUUUUUUAAUACGUUGUUUCCCAGGAAGUCAUAAUGCAUUAUUUAAAAACAUUGCUGACCAACAAAAGUUUAUUUUGGAGAAAAUAAAAGAACAUCAAGAAUUCCUGGACCUCAAUAACCCCCGAGACCUUAUUGACUACUUCCUGAUUAAAAUGGAAAAGGAAAAACACAAUAAACAGUCUGAAUUUACCAUGGAUAACUUGAUCACUACCAUAUGGGAUAUGUUUAGCGCAGGAACAGAGACAACAAGCACCACCCUGAGAUAUGGACUCCUGCUCCUGCUGAAGCAUCCAGAGGUCACAGCUAAAAUCCAGAAGGAGAUUGACGUUGUGGUUGGCAAACACCGGAGCCCCUGCAUGCAGGACAGGAGCCAUAUGCCCUAUACGGAUGCUGUGGUGCACGAGAUCCAGAGAUACAUUGACCUCGUCCCCAACAGUUUGCCCCAUGCAGUGACUCAGGACGUUAAGUUCAGAGAAUACCUUAUUCCCAAGGGCACAAACAUAUUAACGUCCCUAACGUCUGUCCUGCACGAUGACAAAGAGUUUCCCAACCCAGAGCAGUUUGAUCCUGGCCACUUCCUUGAUGAAAGGGGCAACUUUAAGAAGAGUGACUACUUCCUGGCUUUUUCAGCAGGAAAAAGAGUUUGUCUUGGAGAAGGCCUGGCCCGCAUGGAGCUGUUUUUACUCCUGACCAACAUCAUACAGCAUUUUACCUUGAAACCUCUGGUUGAUCCAAAAGACAUUGACACCACCCCAGUUUUCAGUGGGAUAGGCUCUGUACCGCCCUUCUAUGAGCUCUGCUUCAUUCCAGUCUGAAGAAAGGGCAGGCUGCCAGAUCUCAGAUCAAGAGUCUCUAGCCUCAUCUGAACAAGCCAGAUGCUUUCUCUCCUGUGUGUUAGCUAUUAUCCACCUCUCCCUUAAGAGCAGAAAUGACAUUCCUAAGCCCUGUCUCUUCCAAUUUUCCUCAUCCUUCAAGGUUCAGUUCUAAUUUCCCUGCAUGAAAUAAAGCUCACUGUUUUGUCUUCAAUAAACUCCUUUUUGUAAUACAA